UAUGCCGAGCUUCAAUAGUGACUCAUCAAAUUCGGAAAAAUCAUUUGAAGAAAUACCAUUAACUCCGCUAGGAACCAACUCCGGAGAAGAUACCGAUACUGACCGACAAAGUGUCGUAAAUGAGGAAAACGUAAGGAGCGCUUUCCCUAAUAUAGCCAAAUCAGGUACCGAACGAAAGAAGUACGAUUGGAUUGAAUUAACCACCAUGAAAAUCCUAUCGCCCAAUAACAACGAAGACAUUCCCACUGAAGAGAUGGAACAGCUAUCAAUGGUUGAAAAUCAUUUUUCGAACGAUGACCAAAAUAGCUCAGGUGGUACGGAACCAAGUAGACAUAAUGUAUCCAAUACAUUAGAAAGUAUUAAUGACAACGAGAGUACCUCUCAUUCAAUAAACGGAGCAAUGGGAAACACACCAUUGGCUGGAAUGGUUGAAGGUGGCGCGAGCCUAACCGCGGGUUUGGGAAACGUAUCGUUGGAAAGUAUUUUUGCUGCGGCGGAACUUGAAAAUAAUAAAAAAGUAAAUUUCGAGUUAAAGUUAAACAGAAGAAAUAAUACUAAAAGAGAAUUUAAAAGUAAAAGUAAACACUCUGACGCUGCACCAUGUCCAGGCAUGCAAACACUCUCCUUAGAUAAUACUCCGGGACAAGGUGACGCUAAUUCAUCCAUGAGCAGUGCCGCAAAUUCAGGCCGGAGUUCGGUUUCAUGGGAUGAUACUGAUGUUUCAUCAAACCGAGUAGACGAAAGACAAACGACAUUUAGCUUCGAUACAAGUGACGACGAACGGAUGACUCUGCCUAAUAAAAACUAUUUGUUUUCACCGGCGCCAUCAACGACAUUAAAACGUAACCCAGUUUUCAUUGGUGCUCAAGAAAAUGUGUCUCCAUUAACCGAGAGUAUUGUAUGUCAACGUAAUAGAGUAAAAUCAAACGUGAAUGAAAAUGAUAUGAACCAAAAUGGCGAAAGUGUGAACAGUGAUACUGAAAACACAAAUCAGGAAAAUAAAAAUGUUAAUGAAAAUACGGAAAAUACUUCCGUGUCCAUUGAGCAAAAUUCUGACGGAAAUAACGACCAUACUCGUGAUGAUAAUAGUAAUGGAGCAUCCGACAAUUCGACUGGAUUUACCUUUGCUAUAGCAACAGUAAGAUUUCGCCAUAAAAAUGCACAAAAUAAGAAUCGUUCAAGGAAAGUUUUAAAAUUAUGUAAAGAUCACAUUAAAAACGAGCAAAAACCAGAUGAAUCUUGCGCAAAGAGGUUCAAACGAUCUACUUGCUCAGUCGAUAAUGAUGACCAAAAUACAAAUAUAGAUUCGAACGAUAACAUGGAGUAUACCCAUGCUAUGGCUGCUAUUGAUACCCAACCAAAUAGGUUUAAGCACAAUUCAAACCAAAAUGGUGAAGAUGAAUCAACAAACGACUUAAAAACUAGUAUGGAAUAUACCCAUGCUAUGGCUGCUAUCGAUAACCAUCCAAAUAGGAUCAAGCGAAAUUUGAACAAGCCCGACAAACAUGAACCAAAGGCUUUUUCAAGAAAGGACUUAAAUUCCAAUAUGGACAAAUGA